AUGCUCCGGGACUGGCGGCCCCGGCCUGGGCCCGCGACUACUCAAGCCAGAGCCCCAGCCGCAGCCCCAGCCACAGCCACGGAAGCUACAGCAGUCGCAGUCGUGGGACCCGCAGCCACACGCGCAGCCCCUCCCGGACCCCCAGUCCCAGCUACCACAGCCGGAGCAGCUCUGAGAGUGGGGGCUUCUGAGCCCAGACAGACCCAGCUUGGUGCCCCCUGGCACAGGGAGAGGCCAGGCCCCAGGACCCCAGGAGUGGGGGAGGGGGGACAGUACCCCCCCUCACUGCAACAAAGAGGUCUCAGGGCCAACACAGGGCAGUUGGGACCAGGGAAGACCUUGAGGGUUGGCUCCGUGUGGACAAGGAGGGCUGGAUUGUGCUGCUUCCAAGGGUGCCCGUCCUCCCCUCCUGCCCACCAGCCAUGUCCAGGGAACAAAGAGCCGUUACGAACACAGCGAUCGCCCUUCCUCCCUUCCUGCUCGAUGCCAGCUCACCAGGCUGGGGACCACUACCAGUGAACGACACAAGAGUCCACAGUCUGCUGUGUCACUUCACCUCAGCUCAGUGUACCCAGGGACACCUCAGAAGGUGCCAGUUCUGGGAGCCUCCCCUCCCCUCUCCACAGGAUCCUCCACUUCUCUCUGUCACUGGACGGACUAGGCGGUGGUAUAGCCAGUGGGUUCUAAGCUAGACAGAAGGAGGAAUGGCCUAAACUUGGUACACCUCCAUCCAGGCUGGGGAGCUGCUUCCUUCUGAGCUGGCUGUGGGAGGACCCUGGCUGAGGGCUGGUGGCUGGCCCCACAGCCUCCCCAAACCCCUCCCAUGGUCCAGGAGUGCCUAGACUGGGU